CAGGGCCACGUUGCUUUUGCGGCACCUGAGACCACGCGCCUUAUCUAUGGCUACUGUGGACUCCCGGCGGGUGGGGGAUGGCGGCGGUGCCGGGGGCACCUUCCAACCUUACCUAGACUCCUUGCGGCAGGAGCUGCAGCAGAGGGACCCGACGCUGUUGUCAGUAGUGGCUGCGCUCCUCGUAGUGCUGCUCACGCUGGUGUUCUGGAAGUUCAUCUGGAGCAGAAAGAGCAGUCAGAGAGCUGUUCUCUUUGUUGGCCUUUGUGACUCUGGGAAAACAUUGCUGUUUGUCAGGUUGCUAACAGGCCAUUACAGAGACACUCAGACUUCAAUUACUGACAGUUCUGCUGUAUACAGAGUCAACAAUAACAGGGGCAAUAGCCUGACCUUGAUUGACCUACCUGGGCAUGAGAGCUUGAGGCUUCAGUUUUUAGAUCGGUUUAAGUCUUCAGCCAGGGCUGUUGUGUUUGUCGUGGAUAGCGCAGCAUUCCAGCGAGAGGUGAAAGAUGUGGCCGAGUUUCUGUACCAAGUCCUCAUUGACAGCUUGGGUCUGAAGAACACACCAUCGUUCUUAAUAGCCUGCAAUAAGCAAGAUAUUGCAAUGGCGAAAUCAGCAAAGUUAAUUCAGCAACAGCUUGAGAAAGAACUCAACACUUUACGAGUCACCCGUUCUGCUGCCCCCAGCACACUAGACAGUUCCAGCACUGUCCCUGCUCACCUGGGGAAAAAAGGCAAAGAAUUUGAAUUCUCCCAGUUGCCCCUCAAAGUGGAGUUCCUCGAGUGUAGUGCCAAGGGUGGAAGAGGGGACGCUGGCUCUGCCGACAUACAGGACUUGGAGAAAUGGCUGGCUAAGAUCGCCUGAAGGGCAGCUCCAAGCACAGCUGUGGAUUUGUGUGACUGACAGUUUUGGAAAAAGGGCUGUGGUCACCUGGAGUUGAUAAAGAAGAGGUAGAAAUUGUGGCUUGAAGCAUUUCCUUGCUCUGGAAACGUUGACACCAGCUUGCAGUUUGUUUUAGUUCACCCUUAUUGCUCCCUUUCAAAGUCACUUUUAUUUGACUCUUACCUUCCCUCUGUUAAGGUGUGUGUAAAUUUGACUCUUACCUUCCCUGUUAAGGUGUGUGUAAUGUCCCUAUACUUAACUUAGGGUCAAGGUCUUUGUGAUAACAAGCAGGCUCUUCCCAGAGAGGAUGUUAUCAUGAGAAUAUGGCUAUCAUCUGAAGCGUUUCCUUAUCCUCUGCUUCUGUGCUUUGGGUUCCUUUUUCCUGGAAAGAAAACUGCCUGUUAAUGAAACCAGUUGAUUUCCACUUGCCCCUGGAGUUCAUGGGCAAUACAUUAUCUAGUCCUUAGUGAGUGCUCAGAUGUCUGGGUAUAGCCAUAGUAGUUUCACCUGUGUGAAGACAGAUACAAAAUGGCAAAGUCCCUUCCUCAUAAUCUCAGUGACUUGUCCACACUCCAGCCUCAGCUGUUUCAAAAGCAUGUUAGGAACCCUUGGAGUCAUCUCCAGAUGACAGAACUGGAAAUGCCAAAUCUGCAAAUGCCAGGGGCCUGGUGUGUUCUACUGGUUACCCUGGGGAGAAUGAGGAUUUAGACACUUUUCUGCUACUGGGGGCGUGGCUGUAGGUGCCUGCUAUCUUCAUGUGCUGCUUGAUCAGCUCCUAUUUUGUACCCUUAGCUAGAAUGUUGUAAACAAACGCAAGAGAAAAGUUUUCUGUAGAUUUGUGAAGUGCAUACUUAUUCAUGCUUUGAAAAAAAAGAUUGCCUUUUCAAUGUGAUGUCUUUGUUGUCUUCAUAAACAUGACUUGUUACUGCUUUUAUGAACAAUUAAUACUUUUUCUGACAAACAGCCUCUCUGACUCAAAGCAUUAACUAAAAUGAUAAAGGGAGUACAAAUGUGUUGAGAUGCAGGUCUAACUCCAACUUACCUGAGCCUAAAGAUUGCAGUGUGCACAGGAACAGACUUCUGUCACUGCCUCAUGGUGGGGCAGGCCUCACAAAGCUUACCAGAAAACAAGGAUGGCUGCAGAAAAGUGAGAAGCCAACUGCAGAACAGAGCCAUGUAAGAGCCAUUCUGUGAGGUGCAGGGAAGCAGACAAUACGGCCACUAACCUGGCCUUAAAAGAUCAGAGAGUCAAAGAGUAAAAACACAGGAUUGGUAACAUCUGAGUUUGUGUGGUCCCUAUACACCCAGUUGA